GAUUCAGGCGCGCGUCAUUACGAAAUUGAUCCGUUUUUAACCCUCCUCGCUUUAUCGAUUAUUCUCGCAUUAUGUAAAUAGAAGUAAAUUAAGACGCGAAAUGACGGAGGAAAGGACGACUGGAGGUACUGGAGACAUAGAUGGUAAAAGCCAGUGCAAGCCGUCGUUGGGAGAAUUGCUGGGAUCGUUUCAGGUCAAUGACUGUCUGGUUAAACUGAUUCAUCAGUUUUUACUUUACAAUGAGUUCGAGAGUACGGCCGAUUGCUUGGUUCACGAGGCGCCUAAACUUGGGUUCGAUGUUCUCACCGAACAUCUCUGCACCAAAAAUGCGAUACCCAAGGACGUCUGCAAGGCAGUUAUGUCCCAGUACGUCGCUGGGAAUUGGAAGCAAUUUUUUAAUCUCUGGAAUAACUUGAUCCCACAAAGCAUUAGAGAAACUACAGAAUAUAAAGUGCUGAGCUUCAAACUUCACCUGCAUUUUGCUGUUUUGCCCCUGAGAAUCAAAAAACUGGAUCUACUAAGAGAUCAGAGGUCUGACGAAGUUUCGAGGACACAAAUGAUGAAAAUACUUGAGAACGCUGCUGAAAUGUAUUUUCUUGGAAGAGAGGGAGAUGAUAAUCAAUCGAAGCAAAUGAUGACUGACGCCAUGGAACAACUGAGAACUUAUAUGGAGACAGAUGGUCGCGAAUUUGAAGAGAAAACGGAUUUUUUACCUUUUUUUGCCCUUCCCUGCCUGGAUGAUGAUCAAACCUACACUACGUUCCCAGAAUUAUUCGAAAUUAGUUGGAUGGAGGAGUUGACAAAGACUGUACAAGUCUUCCUCAUGAAUCGGAAGCAGAUUCGAUUAACGGCAUCUCAAAAAACGUCCACAGAGACGAUGACAACGGCAAGCAGACCUUACGUAUGCGUUCAAGGAAAUAUUGUAAACGUGCCUCUGACGUGUGAGAAUUUGAAAGACUUCGAGGACAAAUUAAUGAGUAUGAAUCCAGCUGGCAAGAUACCUAUGGUUCAAAAUGAUGUUCCGAGAAUGCCGUUGGAGAUAACCAGAAGUACAAUAAUGAGACUGAUUCCCCAGCAAACAGUGGAUAACAUAGAUAUUGCCCCGAAUGACAGAAAUAUCCCAAUGUUUAGAGAAAAUCACAACAUAAUUGAUCGACUUGGCUGCCAUGCUAAGAAACGCUCAUGUAGAAUACAUUCCAAAAGCGCACAGACCCGGAUCAGUACCGUAACGACUACGAGAAAUUUUAUAUCUACAAGCGAUCUCCGCCAGCCUGCAGCAGUUUUGAAUUGUUCUAUGCUAACAAAAAACAUGAAAACACCAAUUCAAACGAACCCAGAAUUAUCACUGACUAAAUCUCAUUUGUACAGUAUUCAAAGCAACCAUGAAAAGUUGAAGAUCAGAUUUCACAAACUACAUUCGGAUUAUCAUAAGUUGAUCGGAAUCGCCGGAGAAUUAACGGCUGCGCUUGAAAAUUCGGUCAGAGGAGAGGCAGUCGAUCUGCAAAAUAUGUUGGAAUCAUGUAUCACCAUAUUUCCAGACCUCUUCAAUCAUAACGUAAGAGAAAAUACUUCUGAGACGAAAACUUUGCUUGAUCAAGAAGUGGAAUUAAAACAUACAGACCUCACAGAAGCACCCAGUCACAUUGGCCUCAACAUCAAUUCUGUAUCUCCAAAACUAUUAGAUUACAAAAAAAUUAAAUUUCAUUUGAUCAAUGGGAGCGUUAAAACAAAGUUAUUACUAUUGCAAGCCUUGCGUUGGAAACUUACUCUCAGUCAACCGGGAGACCGGGAUGAAACUGUGAACGAGUACCUGAGAGGAGAUAUUUUGGGACUACAUGCUCAAGUGGCUUGCGACAGCGGUAAACAAAUCCUGCCUUAUUUAUUAAUGCCCAAAGACGUAGCCACUCCUCAUCCCCUGCAACAGUCAGCAGCGAGGUUAAUCAACACUUUGGCUUCUCUGAGAUGCGGGAGAGAUUACUUGGCUGUUGGAGCUACGCUGCUCAACUUGAUUGUCAAAUGCCUCAAUGGAAACAAUGGUGAGUCGAUAGAUUCAUUCACUUGCGAUAUGAUAAUCGCAAUGCUGCAAAAAAUGUCAUUGCGAAAACAGCAACGACUCUACAUGAUCGAAACUGGACUUGUGGAAUGGCUGAUAUUUCACUUGAAGUCGGAAAGCGAUAAAAUUGGCUCGUAUAGAUUGGAAUAUGCCACUGCACUCCUGAUGAAUCUAUCCUUGCACAAAGCAGCACAGAUACGAGCAUCGGCUAUGGCUUCCGUGGUUAUUUCUACUCUGACUACUUUACUAGCCACAGAUCAUGCACCUGCACUACCCUACAUCAACGGAUCAUUAAAUAGUUUUCUAUCAAACCAAGUAAUAAACGAGGAAGCAAAAAAAUCGGGACUUACAGCUGUAUUGGAAUAUCAUCGAGGGCGAAAUUCAGGAGAAAUAAGAAAACAUUUGGACCAUAUUUUAAAAAUUCACAACCGUGAUUAUACCACCAACUCAGAGGACUAUGAAACCGCGGAUGACGAUAAUGAAGAGCUCGAUGUACUGGAAGAUGAGCUGGAAGAAGGAGAUCCCGUCAGAGUUCAUUCUGGUGAAUUGUCUGGAGAAGCAUUGCUCGCUUCAUGUUAUUCAAUCGCGCCAUUGAUCACACAAACAGAAAGUGUAAACGUUUUCGAGUCUAGACCAAAAACACCAAAGAUGCAUUCUAGAAGAAAUUCGUUAAAAAUUCCAAACCCCCAAAAAAAUACACUGAGCAAACAUCGAAAUGAUGUUGAAACACCGACACGAGAUACAGGACUAUCCCCGAGAAAAGAAUCUGUUUGCCAACGACCCAUUGCCACUUCACCCAUAAAGUCGUUAUUGCAUCUUGACAUACCACCUUUGCUGUCAAGGCUAUCGGCACACGUGACACAGGGAAAGCAAACGUCUCAGACUUAUCCAUCACUUUCUGAAAUAAACAGUCGCUCCAUCAGUGAUAUGAAUUCGAGAGCUUCCCUAACAACGGCAACUACCGACAGUGAUACUAAGAUCGAAGUUCGGUCUAACAAAUCACGAACGAGUACUUGCUCUCCAUUCUUCUGUAGUUUUACUCGGACCUAUGAAUCUGUAAACACUUCUGACAAAUCUGCUCAGCCGACUUUGAAAUCUAUUAACUCACCGACUGUGACAAGAAAGGAAUCAUCAACAGAACCUAGACAAUCCAACGAGUCUCAGAAAUCACACAGACGCUCGAAAGCAUUACGUAAACAAAAAUUGAACUCUGUCAGUCUUUCCGAACGACGUGAACAAAAAUUAAAAGCUGUCAGAUUGAACUAUUCUGAAGAAUCAGAUAAUAGCGAAGCAGCUGUCUGUUUGUAUGCGAAUCAAAGCUCCAAGGGUAGCAGUAAGACAACGUUAGCUUCGUCCAGUACGCUAGGAACAGCUUGCAACAGCCUUGUGGCAGAAACAGAGAAGUUUAGCAGCAUUGCCUCACUGGGGUGCAACGGCGAGGACCAAGCAGGAGCCGCUCCUCAUGGAAAAUACGAUUUCACCUUGGACAAUGAAACAGAGGCUUUUGUAGCGAAACCUAAAAUUUCUAGAACACCUCCUUUAACAGCUCUGCCUGAUGUACAGGCUGUACACAGCAAGAUAAAUCCUCGACGUAUUUCUACCAAGUAA